GAAAAUAAAUAAAAAAUAAACACAACGCACAAAAACCCCGAACCCAAUUCAUCACCAUCAUCCUCUGAAUCAUACUCAGAUCUGAAAAUCACGUUCGAUUAGGUUACUAUUUACUAUUAUUAUUCUGUAAAUUGUUGCGCCACUACAGAAUUUGGCCAUGGCUGCGCCAUUUUUCUCAACGCCUUUUCAGCCUUAUGUUUAUCAGAGUCAGCAAGAUGCAAUAAUCCCUUUUCAGAUUUUAGGGGGUGAAGCUCAGGUGGUUCAGAUAAUGUUGAAGCCACAAGAAAAAAUCAUCGCAAAGCCUGGUUCCAUGUGUUUUAUGUCUGGAUCAGUUGAAAUGGAAAAUGCAUACCUUCCAGAAAAUGAAGUAGGCAUAUGGCAGUGGUUGUUUGGCAAAACUAUAUCUAACAUUGUUGUUCGUAAUUCUGGACCAAGUGAUGGGUUUGUUGGAAUUGCUGCGCCUUAUUUUGCUAGAAUUCUCCCGAUUGAUUUGGCAAUGUUUAAUGGAGAGAUCCUGUGUCAGCCUGAUGCAUUUUUGUGCUCGGUCAAUGACGUGAAGGUCAGCAACAUAGUUGAUCAAAGGGGGCGUAAUGUUGUUGCUGGGGCUGAGGCAUUUUUGAGGCAGAAGUUAUCCGGCCAAGGGCUUGCAUUCAUACUAGGGGGUGGAUCCGUUGUACAGAAAAAUCUUGAAGUUGGUGAAGCUCUAGCUGUUGAUGUUUCUUGCAUUGUUGCUGUGACGAGUACAGUCGAUAUCCAAAUAAAAUAUAAUGGUCCUGCAAGAAGGACAAUGUUUGGAGGCGACAAUGCGGUAACAGCUCUUCUAACUGGACCGGGCAUUGUGUUCAUACAAAGUUUACCCUUUCCUCGUUUCUCUCAGCGAAUUGCUAGGGCGGUGACAUCACCUAACAUGAGGGAAAAUCCAAAGUUUUUCGUACAGAUCGCCCUUUUCUUUUUCCUGGCAUAUGUUGUCAUUGUAUCUUCAUUAAUAUUGACAGAUGUAUGAAUACACUUUUUAGUUUUUGUUGAAAAUUAUUAUAGGUAGGUGGUGCCCUGGAUUCCUAUGUCAAUAUCGGAUUUCUUUUUGGCAGAUCAUCUUUGCCAUUUUUUUAUAAAUCUAAAGUGUAAUAUGUUUAUCACUAAAAUAGAAUUAAUUUUAUUUCAUUAGUAGACCA